AUGAAUGCUAUUCGUAUAGACGCCCGCUCGGAAUACGCCAGGUAUGCUAAGCUAGACUAUCUCGGCAACCUCGAUUUGGACGACAUCACCUCACCUCUGGAGAAGCCGCGCGAGAUGCACAUAGACACACACUGCAUCUGCGAAACGUACCAAGAGAAGGACGUACGCCUGGUGCUGCACUUUGACGUCAAUAAGACCAUUAUCAUGCAGGAUCAGGCAGCCAAUAAGAGUGUGGAGGAUACGGUUAACGACGUGCUGUGUGACAGCACUUGGGGUAUCAUCGAUGUGGAGCCGUUGGUACCCACUUGGACCGCGUGUCUGAAGCACCCGUCGAUCAAGCCACCCGUUAUUGAGGGCGAGCUGAUUGGUUCGUACAAGACCUUCGUAGAUCGAUAUUACCUACCAUACACUCCGUUGCGUGCGGGUGAGACGAAAGAGGAGAUGAUCGCGCGCCAUACGAAAGUGAGGACUAAGCGUCGGGGGAUGGUCUCUACCUUCACCAGCAAAGGUCACCCAGGUGAAUGUUUCCGAAAGUUCUACAGACGUCUCUUGGAUAGGCUGAAAAUCGAGCAAGUGGUGCCGCUCAAGAAAAGUGAACAAUUCGACGAGCCCCUACGCACCUUUGUGCACAAAGAAACAGUAGUGGAUAAUGUCGAGGAGGAUGGCAACUACGAUAAUGCGCAGCCAGACUCGGUUGCUGACACCCUCAAGGGCCAGAGAGGGUCGUCAGCAGCCAUCGAUGAGAAUCAAGUGGAUAAGCCCUUCGAUACAAAGUACCACUUUCUCAUUCCGUCGUUCUUCGAGCUGAUUCUGCAUCUAACCAAGGUUGACCGCCAGUUCUACCUGAUAUUCCGCACUUUCGGGACAGAACUGAUGAACGUGCUGAAGGCUUUGCAGGAUUUCUGUGAGGGGAACCACAAGGACUAUCCGUUUGUACCCAAAUCGCUCACGGCCAAACUUAUUCCUCCGCACAUGCACGACAAUCACCAAAUAGCCGCCAUGUAUAGGGAUGGUCUGCAACCGAUGCAGGACUGCUAUUCUAAAGGCGGGGCUGGUAGAUAG